AUGUUGGAAGAAACGCAGCGCACGCCAUUCACGGCUCGAAUUACCAAAGCUCGGAUUCCUGAACCAGGAAAUAUAAGAAUCCCCUUUUACGAAGGGACAACCGACCCGAAGGCACACAUCACAGCUUUUCGGAUCGGAAUGGGACGAGCCUUCUCGAGAUCCGCCCCCAAUCUCAGCAAAGACGAAAGAGAUGCCGGUUUCUAUCUCAUCUUUGUCAAACACCUGAAGGGUACAGCAUUGGAGUGGUUCUCGAGGCUCGAGCGUAACUCCAUUAACAACUUUCAGCAAUUGUCUGCCGUUUUUCUGAAACAGUACUCAAUGUUCAUCGAUCGAGGAACCUCCGAUGCCGAUUUAUGGAAUUUGUCUCAAGGACCAAACGAGCCAUUGAGAGCUUACGUGGAUCGGUUCAAAGCGGUGGUGUCAAAGGUAGAAGGAGUGAGCGAUAAGGCAGCCCUGGAAGCCCUAAAGAGAUCACUAUGGUAUAAGUCUGAGUUCCGAAGAGAAAUGGCGUUGAACACGCUGCUCACGAUCCAAGAUGCCCUACAUCGCUCUGCCGACUUUGUCGUGAAUGAAGAAGAGAUGAAGAACCUAGACGAGCCGUACGAGUCGACAAAAGCGGCGAUCCAAAAUUCUCUGACGACGCGUCAAAGAAACGUGAGGAAUAAUGACUAUGUGCACCAUGAAGGGCCGAGGCUACGAGGAGCCCACAAUUAUCAAGUGGAAGCAGGGCGAGGCAAAGGACCAUGGAAUACUUGGACUCGGAACCCCCGAAUUUACGAUGAAAAGGCAUUCUGUGAACACCACCAAUGUUACGGGCACUCAACGGUAAAUUGUCGGUUCUUGGCAGCCAGACUCGCCGCAAAGCGAGCAGCAGGAGAGCACGAAUAA